AUGACGAAGCAUCUGGAGCGUCAUCAUCAACAAGACUACCAGCAGCUCAUCGUGCAAAUCAAGCAAUACCGACAACAAAAAGGCCCUGUCUCUAGUGGCGUUUCGUCGCCGGAAGCCCAUCAACAAUCGUGUAUUCUCUCCACCAAUCAAUACGUGAAAACGGAAAACUAUGCUCAGCAACUAUAUUCUCAGUUCGAGAGGGAGGACGUACUGCGGAACUGUACCGCGUACGAUCGGCACGAUCCGUCACUCACAUGGCAAAGAAAUCAAUGGAACCAGUGGCCAAAUAGUCACGAUCCUACCACCUCAGGCAUUGAUAUGACAGGA